CGAGUAACGUAAUGUCUUCUUCUUCUAUACAGUUUUUCCAAUGAACCAGUUUCAAUCGGCAGACAAAUUCAAAGAAAAUUAACGCCCGAAACAGAAUUUUAAGGCCGCAACAUCUUUGAUUACAUAUUCAGUUAAUCGUUUAGCAGAAUGGAUUUUGGGUUUGUUCAUAAAGCUUGGGAGAAGUGGGCUUCGCCUAAAAUUGGUGCUGGGAAACCAUUGAAGUCGGCACUUCUUAUUAACUAUGAUCCAAAUGCUCCGUCACGCUUGCUUUCAAUCAUUGCAGAACAAGAGGGAAUAAAAGUCAGUCCUACUGAAUUGAGUCAAUUCAUUGAUUUCAUCAAAAGCAACCAACUCCAGAUGGGGAGCUUUGUUAUUGGGCAAUGUCAAUAUUUGGUUACUUCAGUUCAUGAGAGUUGGUUUUCUGCGAGAUGUAUUAAUACAUCAAAUCCUUCUGGAGAAGGUGCUAUUGUCAUGCAGACAGCUGCAUGUCUCAUGGUUGCACAGUAUGAUGGUUCGAUUGCUGCAGCCUCGCGAGCUAUGGUGGCUGUUGAUCAGUUUGCAUGGCAUCUAAGCCGUAGAAACCUUUAACUUAGGCACUCAUUAUUUUGGAUUCAGCUAAUUAUGUUCGAAAGAGGCCGAUGAUGGUCAUCUGUUUACCACAAGUUCUCGAGUUACGACCGAGUUGUUCAAUUUCUUACAAAGAUUAUCAUGGAAUGCUUUGUUAGUUAAUUCUUUAAAAGAUUAGCAUGAGCAGUUUUAAAUUUUUAGUUAUUGCAACUUUUCAGUGUUGCGCUUUGCGGAGACAGGUAUUUACAUGACCAUGCAUGCAGUAGAAACUUAAUAGUGAUGCCAUAUUCUUGGCAAAAUGCGUAUUUAGAUCCAUGCACUGCCAUAUUCUUUUGAGUUGGAUCUAUCGACAAUAAUUUGUAUACAUUUAGUCCUUGUAGUUUUAAUCUUGUAGAUA